AAAAAAGCAUCCAAAAUCAUUGAAAAGCAUUUGCGAAAUCAGAAUUUAUAGUUUUUGAUUUUACUAAGGUGAUAGAUGAUCCAUUAGCGAUUAGACUAGGUUGGGAUACUCCUUUGAAAUUAGAAGAGUAAAAUCUAAAAAUUAGUGAAUCUUUGUUCACAAUGAAAAAAUUAUCCUUAAAUGAUGCUUGUACUAUUGCCGAAUCUCAUGGUGAAAUAUACCUUUCAACUGAAUACAAAGAUAACAAAACCCCAUUAAUAUGGCGCUGUUCUAAGAAUCAUACAUGGUAUGCCCCACUUCGUAAAAUUAAAAAUUGUGGAACAUGGUGUCCACAUUGUGCAGGUAAAGUAAAACGCACUCUUGAAGAUAUCAAAAAAAUCGCAUUAUCUAAACAUGGAGAGUGCCUCUCAACUAAGUAUAAGGAUAAUCAAUUGCCAUUAUUGUGGCAUUGCAAAGAAAACCAUUUAUGGCAUGCAACUCUUGGCAAUGUGAAAAGUGGUAAGUGGUGUUCAUAUUGUGCAGGUAAUGCUCGUCUUACUCUUGAAGAUGCCAAGCAAAUUACACUUAGCCGAAAUAGUAAAUGUCUUUCGACCACAUAUAGAAAUUCUGAUACUCUAAUGAUGUGGAAAUGUCAUAAAGGUCAUAUUUGGAAUAGCCCGCUUGAAAGUCUUUUAAUUUGUUUUUGAAGAAUAUGACUAAUUUACCUUGAUUGAUACUAACUUGUUUAUCUCCCCAUGAAGAUUAAGAUUGGUAUUUACGUACAUCACGACGAAUAAUAAUCUGUGUGGUGCAUAAUUUUUAUUAAUGUUAGACAAAACUAUCUAAAAAGCCAGCAAACUGGACAUACCGCCGCUUUUUCUUGUAACCACGUUUCCCAAUCCUUUUGAAUGUUUGCAUCCUAUUAAAAAGGUGCACAGGGUUAGAAAUACGGUAAUAUAACA